AACGGCUUUCCCAAAUAGAAAAAGAAAAUCACUUAGUAGAAAGAAAAUUAAAAAGAAAAAAAAAAAAAAAAGAAAGAAAAGAAAAGAGUGGAUUAACACACCUGCGACGAGUAAGGAACAUUUGCGGGAGACAAGGACCCUACAAUUUGCUUUGCACAAACAAAACAAAACAAAACAACAAACAAAUCAAUGAAUCAUCAUCGCCGGAGUGAAAUCGGAGAAUGAAGUCAAAUCAUACACCAACGUUAACGAACCAUGAUUUUGUCUUUAACAAUAACUUCCCACAACGAAACUCACACUCUUUGUUCUUUUCUAUUUCCAACUUCCUUUUACAUCACUUACAAAGGAAUAAGUGAUUGCUUCUAGUUCAACAUAUAAUCAGGUGUAGGUGGUAAAAAGUAGAAGCAAUCAUGUCUGAGACUGAUAUAACAGCCAUGAAGGAGACGCUUCGCGCGCAGCAGCAACUUCUGCAAAAGCUAUACGCGGAAUUGGAUGAAGAAAGAGAAGCUUCAGCAACUGCAGCAAGUGAAGCAAUGGAUAUGAUAUUGCGUUUGCAAGGCGAAAAAGCAGCGGUGAAGAUGGAGGCAAGUCACUAUAAGAGAAUGUCAGAGGAAAAGAUAGGUCACGCCGAGGCCACCCUUGAGGUUUUUGAAGAGCUUAUGUAUCAGAAAGAAAUGGAAAUUGCUUCUCUUGAGUUUCAAGUUUUGGCUUAUAAGCAAAGACUUCUAGCACUAGGAGCUGAUUUCAAUGCAAGUGAUUUUGAAUUCCCCGAAGAUCUUCUCUUGAAUAGAAAUGAUCAGCAAAAUAAUGGAGAAAAUGGUCAAAGUAGUACUAUAAGAAGGCUUAGUUCAUUGCCACCUAUUCAGUUUAAGAAUAAUUUUAGAGCUAACCGAAAGAGAGAUCCAUCGCCGACUCCAAUUCCAUUUCCUGAUGUGAUUCCUAAUACACUUGAAGGUAAGGAUCAAGAAGUCAAUUCACCAAGCUUGGAAAUACCAAAGAAGCCCGUGGACUAUGCAAAUGGAACACUUGAUUCAUAUUGGAAUCAAAUCCAAAAGUUAGAUGAAAAAGUGAAUGUGAUUUCAGAUCGUAAAGAAUCAGGAGUUGAAAAAACUUCAAAUUUGAGGACUAGAAGAGGGAGAUCAUGUGCAAUAUUGUCACAAGCAAGUAAUAAGAUAGCUUUUGACAAAACAUUUAAAUUACCUCCUUAUCCUAAUGCAGUUAAAGAAAAUCGAUGUGAAGUUGCAAUGGAUACAGAACCAGUUUCUAGUCCUUCUUGUUCGGUUAAUGUGCACGAUGUAUUUGAAGUUAGUGAACAUGGGAAAAGAAAACUUGAGAAAUGGAUUUCAGAUGUAGAUAACAGAUUAACAAAACCAGAUUCCUCUGAGGAAAUCAUAGAAUCAAAUGUUAAACAUGAUAUGGAGAAGCUAAAGAGCAUGAUGCUUAGCACACAUCAUGAAAUCAAAAAAGCAAAUGUUAAAGAUACGAAGAAUGUUUUGGAUUGUAAUGGUGAAGCCGAGUUUCAUAAGUUGCAUCAGAGAAUUGAUAGGCUUGAGAGGGAUAGAAUUAGUAUAAGGCAAGAGGAGAUUAGGCAUGAAGGAGAUGGAGAAGAGCAUUUGAGGUUGUUGAAGGACAUUCAGAGUCAACUCAAUUCUAUACAGUCGGAGAUGAGAAAGUGUAAUAAAACCAAAAAAGCCUCACCUAAGAAGGAGGAAGAUAUUUCUUUGGGACCUCUUCAAGAGGCAAUGCUGUACUUUUGGAUUUGAUCAAAUUACUACAGAUUACACAGAAUGACCAUCUCAGACAACAGAUCAACUAAGAGCAAUAUUUGGUGUACAUAUUAUCCAUUGUUCACAAAAGGGAUUAUGUUUGGUAUAUAGGGAGGCAAAAUAGAUCUUAUUAUGAGCUGAUUUUAGUUACAGAAGAGUGUAUACCUUUUCAUAUAGUUCCAUUUUUUACAAUUGACACUAGUGUGACAGGUGAUUUGAAUUUUUUGUGUGAUUGGUAUAAGGAAUAUGUCUUGUGUUUCUUGCCCCUGGGGAUUAUACAACUUGGUGGAUUAAAAAUGUCUUGCCAAAUUGACAGUGCAUUUUUACAUAAAUUAUAUCAUAUGUAUCCGUGUAGAUGCCUAACUCAGUCACUAUUAAUAUGGUGUUAUUAGUAGUUCUUUAUUUAAUUAUUUCAGUGUAUCAAAGUGAGAUUAUUGGAGUCAAA